GAUUGGAUGUCGCACAGCUUUGGUCAUUUUGGUGAUGAUCUGCAGGGCUGUCUACAUAUUUGUGGAACAGUCUGGGGGAAAGCGCUUGAAGGAAACGGAGCAGUACCCAGCGGGAUUUGGAAGAGCACUAGCGCUUCGACAUGCUUUUGGGAAGUUCUUGCGCUUGAAGGACAUGAAGCGAUCUCUCCUGAAGAGCAGCUUGAAGUUAGCAGAAGAGAAGUUGCCGUCUCUCAAGGCAGUGGAAGCUCCACUUGAAUGGAGCCAUGCAAAGCUAGACGAUCUUAGGAUCUUUUUGCGAGAGCAAGCCGAGCAAGGGGUUUGGCGACCAAAAGUAAAUUUUGGAUUGUGA